UUAUGAUACUCUCUCUUCACAAGAUAGAGAAAGUUUAUCAGAGCCUCCUGGUGAUUCUCAGAGUAUUUCUCCAGUCUCCCAAUCAGAAGAAAAUAAUUCUGAGAGGACUUCUGAAACAGAUUCUGGAGAAAAUAGUUCUGAGAGCAGUUCUGAAACAGAGUUUGGUGAGGAGCAGACUGAAUCUUCCGCGGAGGAAUCGUCAUUCUCCCAAGUGGAAGACCUGACGAAGGAGGGAUUCCCGGCUCCUUUCCCAUCAGGGGUUGGCUGUUCUCCUGCACACUGUGGACACUGCAUCACUGAGAAUAAGCAGAAUGAGCAGGUGGUGCCCAGACUGCUUUCCAGGGGACAAUUUUUGCUGAAGCUGGACUGUGAGGGAACCUACCAGUGUGCCCGGACCGGCCUGAUUUUUGAGGUCAACAAGAAGACUGACAUCAAGUACUCAGUUUUGUCCUGGAGCAAAUACGCCGACUUGGUGGUUAAGCCGUGGGUCGUCGGCGGACCCUUAUUCGACGUCAAAUGUGACCCCGCCAUCCUCGUCUCCAUCCAGUUUCCGCAUUCCCUCUGCUUGGGCCACCACGAGUCCCUGAUGACGUUCAAGGUGUUCCACAUCACCAAGUCCGGUCCCGCUCUGGAGUCCACCGUAGAUCACUCCAACACCCACGUCAAGUGGCACGUGAGCUCCCUUUCUCCAGUUGGGCCCGUCAUUCAGGCCCAGGAGACCGUGCAGCACCACGGGGCGGUGAUUCUGUACAAAGUCAUCGACAGCCAUCCGUCCUUGUCCUUCCGCGUCUACGUUGCUACGAAUAACGACUCCUUCAUCAGGGAUAUCGCCAAAGCUGUCAAACACUCUUCCAAGAAAUUUAUGAAGAUUGACAAGCCUCCCGUGUGUCUGAAACUGCUGGAGAAUGGGAAGCGGUACCGCCUGGUCAGUGAGCCGGAAGCCGAGAUCACCCCGGAGGAAAUUGAGUUUGUCGAUGGUUCCCUUCUGAAGUUGAAAAGUUACAUCGAAGUCUUUUUGGAGCAACCUUUGGAGUUCAAGUUGUCUUUGGUCGAGAUGGAGUCUGACGAAAUUGUUUGGAAAGCAAAACUCCGAGAAUGUGACUGGGUCCAACAUGAUCAGAACCAGAAUAUUCAGAAAAACAACACAAACAUUAACAGAAGACGGAAAAUGAGCGACAGUUUACCUGAUGAGGAGAAUUACGUGAAAAGAAUAAAGCAAAUUGAUACUUCAGAUCUCAUCAAGAAGACUGAGAUGCUGUCGGAUAAACAAUUGAUGACUCUUGCCAAGAAAUUCGGGACGGAGUGGAUUGAAGUCGCCGUCGCCAACUUGGGGUUAGAAAUUGCGGACAUCGACACCAUUCAGGAAAAGUUUGACGACAUUACAGUUUGCAAGUUCAGAAUGCUGAAGAAAUGGCAAGAGAGGGAACGGAGUAAUGCGACGCCUAAGAAUCUCUACAACUGCCUGGAAAGUGAUGCUUCCAUUGAGGUCCUCGAUAUCCUCAAAGGUUUCUUGGCAUGAAUGUGAGGUCUUAGAAGAAUCCCUAAAAAAAUAGAAACUUCUGGAAGCUUUUUAAAAGAGUUUAGACUUUUCCGCGUGUGCAGUACUUGAUGCAACUCCAGGGUUACAAGCCAGUGGAUGAAACUUCUGCCGUUUCAUGGAUAACUACAUUUUCGAGGUCAAAAAAAGCUGAGGAAAAAUGGAAGAUAAAUUGGGGCAGAAACUUGAGGGGAGGAGGGAAGAGGCUAGAAUGUUGAGAAUGUUCUUUCUCUCUCCCUCUCUCUCCCUUCUUUCCCCAAAUCAAUUUAGCAUUUGCUUAGAUCUUCCAUGGUGCUUGAACAUUGUUGACCUUUUAGUUGCAAGUGAAACGUGAUCAUUUUUCUUAGGAAAAUUGUGUCAGGCAUUUGAAGCCUCUCCAGGUGAAAGUGGUGGCCAUAUUCUUAAUGGUAAUUUCAGGUCGCUUUCCUAUUAGCAUUAAUAACAAACACACCUUCUUUUUGUUAUUUAAUGUAGAACCUGCCAUACACACCCACCCAUGCACACAAGUACACACACUCUCAUUUGUUCUGGUACUCCUUCUACUCCUGGCUCAAGUGUCUUUUCCUGUGGAACUUCAUCUCCUCCUGCCCUGCGGCUGUCCAAUUGACUGGAUUGCAGACAGCCCACUUUUUUAAAGUUACUGAAUUAUGUUCCCUCACUCAGGGUGAAGGGAAAGGUAGGGAAUUUCUUUCUACCUUCCUGCACUUUCAAGUGGUGAAUGCAGACUAAAACCUUGAUCUUCUUCUGUUGUCAAAGGAUUUCAGGCCAUACAUCUGGAUAUACAUACAAGCCAACCACAACAACUGCUUAACCUUGCCUUGGCAGGGCCAAGAUACUGAGCCCCAAGCAGAGCCAAGGAAGAAUUGUUCUCUCUUCUCGUGGAAGAUUUUCCCAUAGGGCCACAUUGGUUCUCUUUGGUUAUUGAUUUGGUUUUUGUACGGUGUUGUGAUAACCCCCUGAAUCUGGUCUAUUUGGGGGGCAGGGAUUGAAGUGUCUUGUACAAUUGUAUUAACUACAAUCAUGUUUAAAAAGCAGAAAUGGACUAGGAGGUCAGUGGUCUGUGUGUAACAUCGAGCAAAGCAAAGGCUGAUGUCAAAAGGUCCUCCCCAGAAAUGACAUCCAACUUUGACCUACUGUGUUUUAUAUGCUGUAUUAAAGAUAACACUUUUUCUUUUUUUUUUUUUUAAUUUUUAUUUAAUAAUUACUUUAUAUUGACAGAAUCCAUGCCAGGGUAAUUUUUUUACAACAUUAUCCCUUGCACUCGUUUCUGUUCCGAUUUUUCCCCUCCCUCCCUCCACCCCCUCCCCUAGAUGCAUAUUAGAUAUGUUAGAUGUGUUGCAGUAUAUCCUAGAUACAAUAUAUGUGUGCAGAACCGAGCAGUUUUCUUGUUGCACAGGGAGAAAUGGAUUCAAAAGGUAAAAACAACUCGGAAAGAAAAACAAAAAUACAAAUAGUUCACAUUCGUUUCCCAGUAUUCUUUCUUUGGGUGUAGCUGCUUCUGUCCAUCAUUUAUCAAUUGAAACUGAGUCUUUGUCAAAGAAAUCCACUUCCAUCAGAAUACAUCCUCAUACAAUAUCGUUGUCGAAGUGUAUAUUGAUCUCCUGGUUCUGCUCAUUUCACUUAGCAUCAGUCCAUGUAGGUCUCUCCAAGCCUCUCUGUAUUCAUCCUGCUGGUCAUUUCUUACAGAACAAUAAUAUUCCAUAACAUUCACAUACCACAAUUUACCCGGCCAUUCUCCAAUUGAUGGGCAUCCAUUCAUUUUCCAGUUUCUAGCCACUACAAACAGGGCUGCCACAAACAUUUUGGCACAUACAGGUCCCUUUCCCUUCUUUAGUAUUUCUUUGGGAUAUAAGCCCAAUAGAAACACUGCUGGAUCAAAGGGUAUGCACAAUUUGAAGAUAACACUUUUUCAAAAAAUAAUUCUUGUCUGUGAGUCAGGAUUAUUUUUAAUAUUCAGGAAUCUGUUGGGAAUCUAUGAAUUUCUUUUUUUAUAUGUGGUGUAGCCUAGAAAAUAAGGUGAGAGGUGGGAAAGGUAGGCUUUUAAAACUAUAUAAAUGGGCUUAAUUCGAUAUUUAUUUUGACUUUUUUACAAGUAUGCUAAACAAAUGUUCAUUUCAACGAACUUUUGCAGAAUGAGAUAAUGUGAUAAUUUCCACCAUUUUUAUCAGCUUCUCUUUGUUAGUAAAUAGGGAGGAGAAAAUAAAUCUGCUUAUGUAUAGAAGUGUUUGUCUUUUCCUUUUCAUGUAUUUUAUGCAAAUUGAUUGCUUUGGUGUGCUCUUGGAUUCUGCCCCUGUUAUUAAUGAAAAACAGCAUGAGGUAUACUUCAGAGAGUGUCAGAUUGGAUAUUCAGAGAGAGCUGGUUACUUGACAGUGAGCAAAGUCACUUAACUGUUCUGACCCUCAGAUAAUAAACCUUGUUGAGAUCUGUGAUUUCACUGGCACAUGAACCCCCUGUUCAGAAAACUACUUCUAUCAAUACAGAGGUAAUGGGGUCCCCUUUGCUGGUUAUUUUCAGAUCUGUAUAAGGUAAAACUGAGUAGUUUAAACUAAAUGACCAUUUACCUUUGCAUCUUAUAAUUCUAUGAUUCUCAUGUCAGUGUGGCUUGGCCACAAUAAACUGAACUUCUUCCAAGCCUAAUAUCCUGCAAUUCCAUUUUCUUAAUUGUAAAAUGGGGCUGAUAGCAGCCCCCACUUAUCUGUGAGGAUCAAAAAGAAGCAGACGUGGAAUGAGCCUUCUGUUAAAUCUUAAAGUUAUAGGUACAAGUCAGGUCUUAAUGGUUGUUCCUAAUUUAUUCAUUCACUUCCCUUUCUGGGCCUGUUUUUCUAUAAAAUGGAUGUCGUGGUAAAUUAGUAUAGAUUGAAACUUUCUUGACUUGGGUCCAUGAACAUUAAAUAAAGAUACUUGGGAAAUUAA